ACCCUCACCCGUCAUACACAAGUGGAAAGAACAACACACAUAUACACUCACACACCCACUCGGACGCCAUCAUAUCUACCUGUAUCAACUUCCGAGGUCAUACUCACCAAAAGACCCCAGCUUCGAAAUAGGAUAUAACCCAGCACUUAUCAACCCCACCUUCAGCCGACAAAAUGAGUGUCCCAUCCCCCACCACAACCGCCGCCGCCGCCGGGUCCGGCUCCGGCUCUCCCCACCCAAGCCAACUCCCCGGCCCGACCCCGUCCUCCUCCGUCGGCACCCUCCUCCUCCCCUCGCCCCCCUUCAUCUCCGCGCCCGGGCUCGCCAACCUCCGCGACAUCGGCGGCUACGAGAUCCCCUCUUCCCCUGCCUCCGGAAAGAAAAAGAUGGUCCGGAAGGGUGUAGUCUUCCGCUCCGCGGACCCAACUAAGCUAACAGACGAAGGCGUGGCCGUGAUGCAAAAGCUGGGCAUCACGCACGUGUACGAUUUUCGGUCCAAGCAUGAGUUUGGCAAGACACCCGGGACGGAGCCGAAGGAGUGGGAGGGCGCGCAGAGACAUUAUGUGCCGGUGUUUCCGGGGGUGGAUUUGAGUCCGGAAGCGCUGGCGGUUAGGAUGAGGCGGUUUAGGGAUUAUACUGAUGGGCCGGAGGGUUUUGUCCGCGCCUACUCGACCAUCCUCGCCGGCGCCGCCGACCCCAAGAACGAAUAUGCUCCCUACCGAACCAUCUUCAAGCAUCUAGCCUCCUCUACGUCUACGACCCCCUCCCCACUACUAGUGCACUGCAGUGCCGGCAAAGACAGAACAGGCCUCUUCAUAGCCCUCCUCCUCUCCCUCCUCCACCUUCCUCCCCCGGUCAUCGCCCACGAGUACUCUUUAACCGAUCUCGGCCUCGCCCACCGCAAGUCCGCCAUCGUCGACCACGUGAUGCUGGACCCGGCCUUUGACGGGGACCGGGCAGCUGCCGAGAGACAUGUUUCCUCCCGCAAAGAAUCGAUGUUGGCUACGCUCAAGUACAUUGAUGAGGAGUAUGGGGGCGUGGAGAAGUAUGUGGUUGAGAAAUUGGGUGUUACGAGGGCGGAGGUGGAGAGGAUUAGGGAGGUCAUGGUUGUUGAUGUGGGGGAGGGGGGGUUGGUGGAUUGGAGGGGGAAUGCGGAGGUUGUUGAGGGGGUUUAUCGUUGAUGAGGAUAGGGAGAGGGGGGCGUAUGUGAGGGUUUGAUGGUAUGGAUGAGUAGUGAGUUUUGGGGAAGGUU